UCUAAGACCUCUCUCGCUUUCCCGACGCCAAUUCAUUAGCGAUCUCUCUCUCACGCACUCUCCGAGUUAUCUGAAUCUAAUUCCAGGCAACAAUUUUUUCUGGUUGGAUUUGUCUGGUUUCGAAGUCGGCUGAGGUUCUGAAAAUAAUGACAAAAACCUAGCUUUCGCAGACUUUGGGAGUAAAACUGGAUAGAAUUUUGCUAGUCUCCGCGGUGGAGUUAAAGGGACCCUUUUUCUCCUCGAAUUGGCGUUGGAUGCGCAUUUGUUUCGUUGUUUUUUGUUGAAGGAAAACUGUUAUCAUCUUCAUUGUGCUCCCGACUAUCUGUGGAAUCGAAUACUGGGUCGUUGAUUUUAGACAAAUUCAGAUUGGUGGGCAAAGUUCCUUUUUUUUUGGCGGAUGAAUUGCUUAGGAAAUUGAAUUGAUUACUUCCUUUAGCUGAGCUAUGUGGUUUUUGUUUAUAUUUCCCCUUAUUGGAAGGUUGACAAGUUGCUCUCCUGGAUUAGCUCUAAUUGUCUGCAAGAAAAUAUGGUUAUCAUUUUAGGGUGAAAACAAAAAACUGACGGAUCCGGAUAUCCGGAUCUCCGCCUCGUGCGAGAACGAGAUCGAGAUAAUCUUUCAACAGAACUCGCAGAUCUGAAGCCCGAAACCGGAUACCUUGAAACUCGCAGAUAUCCGCCCGCGCCCACCCCUACUGGGACCUGAUCGAGAUAGGUGACAAUGGCGGCGGAUAAGGAGACUGAGGUGAAAUUUCCUGAUGGAUCGCCCGAGAUGAAGCCGAGGCCGAUCGUACGGCUGGGAAUGUUUCUCAUCUCUCACAGCCCUGUUUUCAGUGUGAUUUGCUCUGUUGCUGGCAUUUUGGUGCUGUUUCUGUUACCGGUGUUGGCGAAGAACACUUACAUCUCCGAGAAUGCUCUAAUGCCAGGUUCUGCACAUUCUAUGCUCUCUAAUCAGGAUGUUUUAGAUGGCAGUGAAUUCGUGAUGAACAUAAAGGAUCUGAGGUUGAAACGUGUUGAAGCCCAGGUGCUCAUUGGAGAAUAUAUGUCGAACUUGGGUGCGCAAGUGUAUCAUCACAAGUUUUUCCCUGAAAUGAAUCGAUUUCACUCGCUGAUGAACUCGAGUUCUUCUUCUUCUUAUGGCAUCAAUUCUGCAGGGAUCAUAAGAGCCCCGCGCGGUGAUGGUAAAGAGUGUAUUGUUUUGGUUACUCCGUAUGAUCAUACAAAUGAUGGGAAUGAUGAUGAAGUUUUUUCAUUGGGCAUUGCGUAUACUGUGUUUUCCUUGCUCUCUAGGGUCACCUGGCUUGCCAAAGACAUCGUAUGGCUUGUUGCUGAUUCUCGUUAUGGGGAUUAUAGAUCUGUUGAUGCGUGGUUGAGUGAAUACUAUGCACCUUCGUUUAAUACAUCUGAUAACUUCAUCCGGGCCGGAACAAUGGCUGCUGCUCUCGUUUUGAAGGUUAAUGGUAGAGGUGAAGUGUCUCAGGAUACGAUAAGUAUAUACGCUGAAGCAGCUAACGGGCAGAUGCCGAAUCUUGACAUCAUCAAUGUUGUCAAUUACUUAGGUGUUCACAGACAGGGUUUCAGUGUAAAGGUGGAGAAAGUUGCAUCUUUACUUUCCUCUGGUUGGCUCAAGAUUGUUGGGGAAACAUUUGAAGCUGCGGGAAAGAUGGCUAAGACUUUAAAUCCUGAUUGGAACUUUGGUAUAUCUGCAGCAGACUAUGUUGAAGGCAGUGCUACACUUGCGAGUUCAUUGUACUACCAAGCACUUGGUGUCCCGACUGGUCCACAUGGUGCUUUCCGCAACUAUCAAGUUGAUGCAGUUACUUUGAAAUUCACGUCUAGAUUUCCUCCUAAAACUAAGCUGAGGAAGCAGCAGGAGUUAUUUCUACGAGGUGCCCGAGUAAUUGAAGGGACCAUAAGAUCAGUGAACAACCUGCUUGAGAAGUUUCAUCAAUCAUUUUUCCUAUAUCUGUUAACUUCUCCGAGUAAGUUUGUCUCCGUAGGGGUGUACAUGAUCGCAUUUGCUCUCCUCAUAGCCCCGCUUCCUAUGGUUGCAGCUUCUCUAUAUAUGGAUGCUUCUAGUACACUUCCAAAAGCCACUGACAAAUACGUGCUCAAGUCUUGGAUAUGGCUUGAUGCAGCCAAACGGGUAUUUUCCAUACACGUGUGGGGUGUUGUUAUCACGCUGCUACCAUAUUUGAUACCGGGUCACCACAUGGCAGCAUGGGUUAUCUCUUCUUCUUCUUCGUCUCUAGCCCUUUUGGUAAUUCCAGGUUGCUCUCCAUUCACCAAGUGGACCAUGUUGAAAUCAGUGACUAUCUCAGCAACUUUUAUAGGACUGUGUCUGAUGUCUAUAGUCAACUUUGCGGCAGCAGAGAUAGGAGCGUUGAUGCUAGUGCCGAUGUGUUUGAUGUGUCAGCCUAUAAGACAGGAUGUGAGAUCGAGAUCCCCGAAAAGCCUCUUGCGGGCAUUAUGCAACAUGGUUUUGGUGACAACACCGAUGGUUGUUUUAAUCUCAAAGGGUGGGAGCACGUGGGAUUGGGUUGAGUCGCUUUGGGAAUGGAAGAGUGCAACUUACCUCUACAUAGGUUUGGCUUGCAUGCCUUGCUGGUUAUUGUGCAUCUCCAUUUUGCUGCAUCCUUGACCGUGUUAGUUAAUAUCUCUUCGGUCUCCCAUUAUCAUAUGCUGUUUUGACACGCGUUUCGUAUUAGUUCCUGUUUAUGUGUGACCCUCCCGAUUUUAUGUAUGCAACUAAAGGACCAACCAAUGCGUCAAAACUCUCUCUUUAUCUGA